GUUCUUUGUGAGGGGCAGCUGUUCUGCCGCGAGGCAGGGGAGCGCGUGGAAGGCUCUGGCUGUCAUGCCAAGGAGUCCGAGGUCCCUUCGUUCCUGAUCAGAUGUGGCAUGUUAACAGCAUGUCAUCGGUACUUGCGUGUCGAAGGCUACAUCGACUGAGGAGGUGGGACUGGAGCUGCGGGACGGGCUCGAGGGCAGCUCAGGCCGAGGUGUCCAGUAGGUUGAGGCCGAAGCGGCAGCCGAAGCCGUCCUCGGAUGAGGGUUACUGGGACUGUAGCGUCUGCACCUUCCGGAACAGCGCCGAGGCCUUCAAGUGCAUGAUGUGCGAUGUGCGGAAGGGCACCUCCACCCGAUCCACAUUCUUUGACGUUAUUCUGAAUGCCUCGAGGACCAAGGAACCGUUGAAAUUUCCAAUUUCAGGAAGGAAACCUCGACCUGUCUCCCAGUUGGUUGCACAGCAGGUUACUCAGCAGUUUGUGCCCCCUACACAGUCAAAGAAAGAGAAAAAAGAUAAAGUAGAAAAAGAAAAAAGUGAAAAGGAAACAACUAGCAAAAAGAACAGUCAUAAGAAAACCAGGCCAAGAUUAAAAAAUGUGGAUCGGAGUAGUGCUCAACAUUUGGAAGUUACCGUUGGAGAUUUAACAGUCAUUAUUACAGACUUUAAGGAGAAAACAAAGUCACCACCUGCAUCUAGUGCUGCUUCUGCAGAUCAGCACAGUCAGAGCGGCUCUAGCUCUGAUAACACAGAAAGGGGGAUGUCCAGGUCAUCUUCCCCCCGAGGAGAAGCCUCGUCAUUGAAUGGAGAAUCUCAUUAAAGAUUAUUUUCUCCAGUUUCUUAGUCACUUCUGUCCUCCAUGCAAAUAUACAGAUUAAGCCAAGAAGUAACCACAUUUUCAUGACAGACAUCUUCAUGCACAAUCCAUAAUUUGAGUUUUAUGUAAAAUAAAAAUUUGCCAGGACUCACUAGAUUUUAUUGCAAUCUAUGCUUACCAAACAUUUCUAGACUUAAUAUUUGGAUUUCUGCAUUUAAGUGCCAUGAAAAUGUGGUUGAAUUAUUCAUUAUGCAGUGUUACUGGUAAGUCUAUUUUUACUUUUAGGUUAGUGAAUUCUAAUGCAUAAUUCUUGAAUUCUCUACUAUUGGCAUGUAACAAGUUUAAAUUUUUUUAUUACAUAGUGCAAGCUGCCUAAAUAUGUAUUAUUUGAGAAUUGUGAAAUAAAUAGUUAUAUGUAUACAAGUCAAAGAUCAACGUAAUCAAUUAUUGCUGCAACAGGAUUUUCUUCAUGGUUAUCCUCUUAAAUGCACCUGCUGGUACUUGGUGUGGCUAAAUAGCAAAGUUGUUAAUAAAGAAUUUGUAUGAACUUUGCCAAUGUUUUUGACAAGUUUUACUAAAUUAUUGUUUCUGAGUUAUGUUUUAUCCAUUUUUGCAGUUUUUGUUUGUUUGCUUACUACUCAAAACAUUUGUUUAUUGUAAUGUUUACUAGCAGACUAGUAAACAAUAAAACAUUGAUUAUUUGGCUUUUUAAUUCAAGUUUAGUGCUAUUGUCAUUGAACACUGGUAUUUCCUGUAUUAUAUAAAACAUUAAAAUUAUAAACAUUUGGCAGAAACAGAAAAGAACUUGCCAUGUUUUAAAAGCUGCAGUUUUGGGAAAGCUUUAACUUAAUGAUAGUGUCAAUGUUUCCUUGUUCUAAAUGUAUCCAGGGUCAUAGACACAUAUGAAUCUAAUAUACAAAUGGGAGCUGUUGCAUAGAACUGGGAAAUAACUAAGAAUCAGUCAGUUUAAUUGGCCACUUACUAAAUAAAACAACUGAAAACAGGCAUAACUUUCAAUUUAUGCAUUUAUCAAUAUUUUGAAAUAAAAAUAUUUACAGUCCCACUCACUUAUGUACAGUUUACCAAUAAAAUAUUUUUAUGACUACAGAUUUUGCAUUUUUGUUUAAAACUAAUAAAGUGUGUUAUAUUGUAUUUUAAAAUCCAUCUUAGAAACCACACAGUACUUACUAAAUUCUCUUGUGGUUUUGCUUUCUCUAACCAUUUGCUUAGUAUAUAUUCAUCUAUGGAGACUUCUGAAAUGUACAUCAACUUAAAGAGAUAACAUGGCUAUAAACUAUCACAUAAAAGACAUCGUGAUAACAAUUGAAGGAAAAAAUAAAACUGUAGACCCUGACAUUUGUGAUAUUUGGUGGCUUCAUGUGAAAAUGUUUAAUUGCAGUACUCUUUAAAGGCACAAUGAGUACUGCCUUUUGUAGCAUUCUAGUUGUAAAGUACAGUAAAAGUCUGUGAUGAAAACAUUCACAUACCUCAUUCUUUAGUGUUGUUAAAAGAAAAAUUUAAGUAUGUGUUUAUUAUGAGAUACUUUUAAUAGAAGACCAACUUGCUGGCUAUUUUUUAAAGUAUGGUAAUUUUGUCUUACUCUAUUUUUCAUCUUUCACAUGUUCUGUGCAUUCAUUUUUGGGAUGGCAGUUAAAAUAAUUGUAGUAGGGAAAUAGUCUAGUUCUUAGGUCAAAAUUAGGCUUUUAAGGUAUUACAUCUUAAAAUGAUCAUAUACUUUUGAGAUAUAUUUUAAAUUUCUUUUCAACAAAGAAAAAUGUGAGAGAAGGUGGGAUUUUUAUCUGAAUAGGGCAUACUCAUCUUACUAUAUUGGUGGAAGAUACAAUGGCAUGGAGAUUAAUAGUGCCUACUGAUAUCUGUGGUUUGAUUCUGCUGUAGAAUUUGAAUAAGCUUGGACGACAAAAUUAUUCAAGCUCAUAUCUGUAAAACAGGGAGGAUGAUUAUGUCAAAUUCUUACAGUUGUUGGGAGGAUUGAACAUCAAUCUGUAAAACAUUAGCAAUGAUCUGAUAUAUUCUGCUUGUUCAAAUACAUGUUAGCCUUUACUGUAAUUAUAGGUAAAAUCCAACUAUAAAAAUAUAAUGUAUUUUUUUAUAACAAAAUUCUCUUUAUUCUUAGGCACACGCAGAACACAUAGUGUCCUUUAACUUACACAGAAAAUGGUGUUGCAUCACAUGUUUGCUCUGGUCCCACAAAGACCCUGCUUCCUACUAUUAAAGAACCUAAUGGUAUUCACUAUGAUAUUGGAGAAAUGAACUGAGUUGACCUAGUAUAAAAUUUUGUUUUCCUUUCAUUAA